AAAGUUCCUUACCCUAACACUGACAGUCCAUUCGACCACACUACUGAACUGCCCUACUACGGCUGCAGUUCAUAUGAGUGGCGAUGCUACUACAACGGCCAAUGUAUUCAAGACUAUCAACGAUGCAACGGGUAUUCUGACUGCUACUAUGGCGAAGACGAAUACAACUGUUAUGACUACACCACUGAACCAUCCUACUACGGCUGCAGUUCAUAUGAGUGGCGAUGCUACUACAACGGCCAAUGUAUUCAAGACUACCAAAGAUGCAACGGGUAUUCUGACUGCUACUAUGGCGAAGACGAAUACAACUGUUAUGACUACACCACUGAACCAUCCCACUACGGAUGUAGUUCAUAUGAGUGGCGAUGCUACUACAACGGCCAAUGUAUUCAAGACUAUCAACGAUGCAACGGAUACUCUGACUGCUACUAUGGCGAAGACGAAUACAACUGUUAUGACUACACCACUGAACCAUCCUACUACGGCUGCAGAUCAUAUGAGUGGCGAUGCUACUACAACGGUCAAUGUAUUCAAGACUACCAACGAUGCAACGGGUAUUCUGACUGCUACUAUGGCGAAGACGAAUACAACUGUUAUGACUACACCACUGAACCAUCCUACUACGGCUGCAGAUCAUAUGAGUGGCGAUGCUACUACAACGGCCAAUGUAUUCAAGACUACCAAAGGUGCAACGGGUAUUCUGACUGCUACUAUGGCGAAGAUGAAUACAACUGUUAUGACUACACCACUGAACCAUCCUACUACGGCUGCAGAUCAUAUGAGUGGCGAUGCUACUACAACGGCCAAUGUAUUCAAGACUACCAACGAUGCAACGGGUAUUCUGACUGCUACUAUGGCGAAGACGAAUACAACUGUUAUGACUACACCACUGAACCAUCCUACUACGGCUGCAGAUCAUAUGAGUGGCGAUGCUACUACAACGGCCAAUGUAUUCAAGACUACCAACGAUGCAACGGGUAUUCUGACUGCUACUACGGCGAAGAUGAAUACAACUGUUAUGACUACACCACCGAACCAUCCUACUACGGCUGCAGAUCAUAUGAGUGGCGAUGCUACUACAACGGCCAAUGUAUUCAAGACUACCAAAGAUGCAACGGGUAUUCUGACUGCUACUACGGCGAAGAUGAAUACAACUGUUCUGGUAAAUAUUGUUUACAAAAAAAACUGCAGAUCAUAUGAGUGGCGAUGCUACUACAACGGCCAAUGUAUUCAAGACUACCAAAGAUGCAACGGGUAUUCUGACUGCUACUAUGGCGAAGACGAAUACAACUGUUAUGACUACACCACCGAACCAUCCUACUACGGCUGCAGAUCAUAUGAGUGGCGAUGCUACUACAACGGUCAAUGUAUUCAAGACUACCAAAGAUGUAACGGAUACUCUGACUGCUACUAUGGCGAAGAUGAAUACAACUGUUAUGGAAACACCGUUGCUCCCACUGUAGACGUCAAUCCACCCUCCUCCGUGGUACGAUUAGUGAAUGGCAUCACCAUCUAUGAAGGCAGAGUGGAGAUGUUUGUCGAAGGUUCCUGGGUGACGUUUUGCGGAUACACUUUUAAUUGGAAUGCGGCUAAUGUUGUCUGCAGACAGCUUGGCUAUCAAAAUGUCAUUAGUGUCUCUGAUUACGGUGCAUAUGGACAGGGUGUUGGUAAUAAUGUAAAUGUGAACUGCCAUGGCCUGGAGAGCUCGAUUCUCGACUGCAGGUUUGACCCCGUAUACAACUGCCGCCAUAUUUUAGAUGCUGGUGUCAACUGUUCAGGCCCCGAUACAAUUCGUCUCGUUAAUGGAGGCUCUUCUAACGAGGGUCGAGUGGAGGUUCUUUACCAAGACGAGUGGGGUACAGUCUGCGAUGAUGGAUGGGAUCUUAAUGAUGCUAAUGUCGUCUGUCGCAUGCUUUAUGGUUACCCUUCUGCAUCCAAUGCUUGGAGCAGUGCUCACUUCGGCCAAGGAUCAGGUCGGAUCAUGCUGGACGAUGUGAACUGCCAAGGGAAUGAAUCUAGCCUAGCUGAAUGCCAACAUCGUGGCUGGCUGAGUCAUGACUGUGGGCAUGGGGAGGACGCUGGAGUUACUUGUGAGAGAGGGAUACGAUUGGUGAAUGGCAACACCAUCUAUGAAGGCAGAGUGGAGGUGAUUGUUGACGGUGUCUGGGGCACGGUGUGCGACGUCGACUGGAACUGGGAUGACGCCGAUGUCGCCUGCAGACAGCUCGGCUAUGGACCGGUCUGGGAUUUCCCGUCUGACAGUAGAUACGGUCAAGGUGUUGGUCCUAUCCACUUUAGUAGGGUCGACUGUGUAGGUUGGGAAAGCUCGAUUUUCAAAUGCCCAACCUCUGACCCUGAAGGUUGCUUCCACCUCAUGGAUGCUAAUUUGAUAUGCCAAGCUCCUCCAUAUCCUACUACUGACAGCCCGUUCGACCACGCCACCGAACCAUCCUACUACCACGAUUGCAGACCAUAUCAGUGGCAAUGCUACAUUGGCCAAUGUAUUCAAAGCUACGAAAGAUGUGACGGAUUCUCAAACUGCUUCUUCGGCGAAGAUGAAUACGACUGUAAAGUCUGCAGUGCAUCUUUGUGGCUUUGCUACAACAGCAGCCAGUGUAUUCAAGAUUACGAAAGGUGUGACGGCUUCGAAGACUGUUACUAUGGCGAAGAUGAAUUCAACUGUAACGAGGUUUUCCAGUGUGAUAAUGGUGACGAAAUUCCGAUGAGGUAUACCUGCGAUCGCAUCGUUGACUGCCUUUAUGCGGAAGAUGAGUGGCGAAACUGUGAAGAUAAUGACGUCAAGAGAGACAACAUCGACUUGUUUCCGCGACGGGAGCAGCUUUUGUCGAAGGAUCAGGAGCAAAACACUGAUGACCAAGACCAGUAGACAUAUCAAGGAAACAGCCGUCGUCUCGGACUUGAACCACAAAUGGCAACGACCAUGGUACACCAAAUGUUUAUCUUCAUUUGACUUUUCUUGGAAUUAGUUUUGAUUUUCGAUUUCAUUUUGUUCCUAUUUUCAAUUUCGUUUUUUUUUCUUUAAGACUUUUGUUCCAAGUUUGAGUUAACCACGAAUAUUUAGUCCUACUUUUCGAUUUAUUUGAAUCGUGUGGUUUUCAAUAUCAUCAUUUUAUGGGCGAUUCCCCGGAGACCUGGACACGGUUGGAAAUUGGGUAUUAAAUCAGUAGAACUACAAGCAUCACAAUCUCGACUGUGGUAUCAAAUCAAAUGAGACAAAAAUACUUUUCAUUUGAAAGAAAUAUGAGCAAGUUAUGAGUAAAAAGAAAACCACAUAGUUUUUGGCUGUAAGCAAAGGUAUGGAUUUUGGUAUCAUGUUGGCACCUUGUUUUAAUAUGCAGCACGCGAGUGUUAUUGUGCAUUCUUGUUUUUAGGCAGAGCAAAAGGUUAACAUUCUAUGCCAAAAGAGCAUAUUUGUUUGAUAACUGUUGCUUGCAUGAUUUUAUCAAAGAUGGGCGAACUGUUACGUGUUCAGCCAUAACAUAAAGAGCCGUAACGUAACAAGCCGUAACGUAACAAGCCGUAACGUAACUAACCAAGACUGUACAUGUUAUAUAUCAAAGCAUUUGCCAGUAACGAAGCAAUCACAAAAAUACUAUAAUUUGUUUCAGCUGUGUCCUUCCCGUUUAAGGAAACUAUAUGUUUUCAAAGACACAUGCGUUUUCGAUCCAUGUCCUUAUUUUGCAACAUAAGUGUGCGAGAUUACACGUCCUAUCAUAACUCACAAAACUUGCUUAUGGCUACGUUAUGCUUAUGCUGAUGUCCUGCUGAGAUGUAUUCAUGGUGCACGUUGAUAAAAGGAGUCCAAAACGCGGUACUACACUGCUAAACUGUAACAAAACUAACCAUAGAAUUGCUUUUGUUUCAAUUUUCAUUUUCGUUUUUGUUCCAUUCAGCUUUUGUUCCAAAUUUGAGUUAACCAAGAAUAUUUACUAGUUUGAAUUCUGAAGAAAUGACUUCCAAACUUUUACUUGGGGAAGAUCGUGCAAUAUAGGACACUCUUAACCAAAGCCCUUUCUGAGGAAAAGAGUUUACGCCGGACGGAACCCUUUUCCAUAGAACAACCGGGCUGUCAAAACGAGAAUCUAAUCAAUCUAAAUACAAAUGUGUAAAUAUCGCAUUCAUUUCAUGAUUUCCCCAGUGAUAAUGUCGGGGUGAAUGGGAACGGUCGCUGUAAAGUCGUUGUCUACAGCAAAGUUGGAUAUUAUGCCAUAAAGAAGGUGCAUAAAGAAGGUGCAUAAACUUACCUAAAGCACGUGCUUUCUUUUUACCAGUCACCUUAGUGCACGUUAGUGGUGCUCGAAUCUUCUGUGCCCAAAGUUCACUCCAAAUCGGCAAAUAUACAAACAUCUGUGGAAACCAAUCAGAAACGCUCGAAUUGAAUACAGUAACCCCGUGUUUUCGAAAUUGAUAUCAAGUCGUGAAGAUAAUUCCAUCCAAAAAAAGAUUCUUGUUUCGGUUCUAGAAUAUAAUUUUGAAGAUAUGACCUUGCUUCAACUUAAAAAGAACCGUUUAAAAUAAAUUCUUCUUAUACUAGAAGAAUUCUGUGGAAAGAAUGGGCAGAUGUUAUUGAAACGUGGAAUACAUUAUAGCAUACAUCGAUGAUUGAUACAUUCGUAAGAGUCAAGCAUUUAUAACUCACAACCCAAUAUUUGAAUUGGCCAUCUCCCAUGUGCGUAAGGCGUAAGUUCCAAUUUUAACGACACCUUGCAUUUCGAUUUUUGUUCAAAACUAUAUUGGUGCCAAAAAUACCUAACUGCACAAAUGGAGCUUAUUCCACGGUCUUUUAGAAGCAAAAGAAACAAUGUGAGGGACCCCAUCAUUCCAGCUCAAAAUCGCGUUGGACAUUAAUUUUAUUACAACAAAUUGACGAUCUUGAGCCGAGCAGCAAUGUGGAUAAGCUAUCAAUAAAUCUGGAAAAAAAACCCAUGAAACUCAUUCAGUAACACAAGAAGCGGUUUGCGACGUAUUUUCUCAUUAUUUUAGGCAAGUUGAUAUUCUUAAUUUGUUUCUUUUUUGUUUCGUUUUUGCGCAUUGUAACAGCUUCUCUUUUUUUUUUCUUUGGUAGAAUUAAAACAAUUAGAUUAAAGUGCAA